AUGCCCAGGGGCUUCCUGGUGAAGCGAACUAAACGGACAGGCGGCUCGUACCGAGUACGCUUAGCCCAGCGAGUCUUCCCUCUGAUGGGGCCCUCGGGGGCGCCGCCCUUUCCUGAGGAGACCCCCAGUGUCUCUCUACCUGGUGCGGAGAUGGGGGCGUCCCCUGCCCAGGAGGAGCCAGGAAAGGGGCUGGAGGCAGAGGUGGCCCGAGAACUGCCGGGGUCACCCUGUCGGGCUGCUGGGGUGAGCCUGGGAUCGCGCGGGCGGGAAGGCGCGGAGUGGGGGACAGAUGACAGCGAGGGUCCCGGGCCCAGCCCCAGUCCCACGAAGCCGGCGGGCGCAGAGCUGCGCCGGGCGUUUCUGGAGCGUUGCCUCAGCUCACCAGUCUCCGCAGAGUCCUUCCCCGGGGGCGCGGCCGCAGUGGCUGCUUUUUCCUGCUCUGUAGCGCCAGCAGCCGCCCCUACCUCGGGGGAGCAGUUCCUGCUGCCGUUCCGGGCACCGUUCCCAGAGCCCGCGCUCCAGCCGGACCCCGCGCCCCUCUCGGCCACCCUGCAUGGCCUCAAACGGGCAGCCGGCACCGAGCGCCGCGCCAAGUUACCUCCAGGCUGCCCGUCGGGACUCGCAGCCGCUGGAGUCAAGAAACCCAAGGCGAUGAGGAAGUUGAGCUUCGCGGACGAGGUGACCACAUCCCCUGUCCUAGGUCUGAAGAUCAAGGAGGAGGAGCCCGGAGCGCCUUCCCGGGGCCUGGGGAGCAGCCGCACACCACUGGGGGAGUUCAUCUGCCAGCUGUGCAAGGAGCAGUACGCGGACCCCUUCGCGCUGGCACAGCACCGCUGCUCCCGCAUCGUGCGCGUCGAGUACCGCUGCCCCGAAUGCGAUAAGGUCUUCAGCUGCCCGGCGAACCUCGCCUCCCAUCGUCGCUGGCACAAGCCACGUCCCGUAGCGGUAAACACCGCCACAGCCUCUUCCGCCGACGGGAAGCCGCCUACUUCGUUGUCCUCGUCCUCCUCGGACUCCGGGGCCAUGGCAUCUUUCCUGGCAGAGGGAAAGGAGAACAGCCGGACCGAGCGGACUGCGGAUCAGCACCACCCGGCCAGGGACAGCUCCGGGCCAGUUCAGCACCAGGACAGCGCCCCGCGCCCCAGCCUCCAGGUGCUGCCGCAUCCCGAGCCACUGCUGCCACAGGUCUCCUUUACGGAAGGGGUGUUGGGCCGCCGCAUGCCUGGACCGGGCAGUGCCAGCGGUGUCGGGGGACCCGAGAUCUUCGUGUGUCCGUACUGCCACAAAAAGUUCCGUCGCCAAGCCUAUCUGCGGAAGCACCUGGGCACUCACGAGCCGGGCUCUGCCCGCGCGCUGGCCCCGGGCUUUGGGUCGGAACGCAGCGCUGCACUUGCCUUCCCUUGCCCGCUGUGUGGAGCGCAUUUCCCAUCCGCAGACAUUAGGGACAAGCACCGGCUGUGGCACGCCGUCCGCGAGGAGCUGCUCCUGCCCGCUCUGGCUGCGGUGUCCCCCGAGGCGCCAAGUGCAGGCGGGACUUCUGACGGGGGUGCUCAGCAAAUUUUCUCUUGCAAGCACUGCCCGUCCACCUUUUUUAGUUCCCCUGGGCUGACCCGGCACAUCAAUAAGUGCCAUCCCUCAGAAAGUCGGCAGGUACUGCUGCUGCAGAUGCCACUGCGGCCUGGCUGCUGA